AUGGCUCUCCUACAGAAUGAAGAGUACGUUCCCAGAAUCAGCAGUCCUCUACGAGCACCAUUUGCUACAUGGUACUUGCGGACUUCAUAUUUGGCGAGUGUCAAAGACGGGAUUGCCGAGCGUCUAAUCAGUGUCAACAACUCGAUACUGAACUCUCCGGGCUUCCGAGCCGCUGGCUGGUCUGCGGACCCUGUUCAGCGAACAUAUUCCCCGCCAAUUCCGACGUCCAUCAACACUGAAUACUUUCAGACAGGAGCCGAACUUCAGCUCACUAACUCUCAGGGCGACGAGGAUGAGGAAGGUGGCCUAGUAACUGGCAGGACCAGUAAUGACACGAUCGGCCCUGGAUUCAAUGCGAGGCGACGAAGGAGAAAAGAACACGUCGAGGACGACGACAGUAGUGACCUUACAGAUGAAUCCGAGGAGGAAGCUGAGGGCGCACAACGUGCCGCUCAACAGAUUCGCUUUGCGAAGAUGCCUGCUAGAAACAGGGCAGACUCGUCUCCUAUCGGAGGUGCUGGGCCAGACAUCAUAACGACGUCCCCUUCCAAGCCGAGAACGGACAACAGGAGGAGGACUGGAUCUCUUGGAGCUGUCGAAGCCGUCAAGGCUCGUGCGAGAGCCGAUACCACUACAAGCAGUGAACUAUCUUCCGAAAACGAAGUAGACCCCGCCUACUUUCAGCGGCGCCAGGUCAAUACUGGUCAAACGCCCUUAUCGGCACCACUUCUUAAUGAGAAUGUUAUGAAAUCAGGAGCAGGACAUCCGCACCAGGUGCACGAUGAUUCGGACGCAGAGUCAGUGGGCUCAGCAUUGUCCUCAGAACUUGGCGAAACUGUCGAUUCCACAUCUCUACUAGACACCAUAGCAGAGUCAAAUCUGCCCUCCUCGCCGCCUAUGCUGAACAGUUUUACCGCUUCGGGAUCCUCCGUUGCACGAAUGCCUGUUUCAGAAUCACCUAGAAAACAGAGAACGCUUCCAGUCCUCCACGAACUACCGCCUCCGCGACCGAUCAGCUUCAUUCAGCCCAAGAGUCUCCUUUCAGCAGCCUUGAAUGCGCAGAAAAAGGCCCCCAGUAAUCCGCUUCAGGCUUUUGCUGGCCUGUCUGGCAAGGGCAACCCCAAUCCUUUGUGGAUAAAAAUAUAUGUGCCUUUCUCAGAAGAUGCGGACGAACCCAUCGAGAUGCCGCUGGCACGAACUUCCAGAGAUGGUAAUCCUGUCAUUGUUGCGGAAGCCAUCGGCCUCAGCCUCUGGCGUUAUCAGCAGGAGAAGCUAGAGCCUCCUCUUCCCCCAGAACAGCUGGAUGUUAAUAAGUGGACACUGAGAAUGGUCGAGGACGGCGAGAUUGAUGAUGAUUUUCCACCCCUUGUUCGUACACGUCCGAUUACUGACUUCACAUACAACAACAAUCGAGGAGGGCGAGCUAGGUCCAGAGAACGCCCUUUCGACGAAUUUGCUCUGGUCGAAGCAUCUCCUGCUCAGUUCGAGUCCAACAAAAGAGACACGCCGCAGUUCGCAAUCACGCCGGAGGAGGAUCCUGCACCACUCCCAACACUCGAACCAGUCGUGACACAGUCACAGGUUUACACGGCGCCAAAGCAAACACUGGCCAGGAAUAACCUUCUUCUCGCAGGACAGCCUUUUGCCUCAGCGUUGGCCAACUCAUCUUUAACACCAGCAGACUUGCCUGCCCCUUCUGCUUCACAUGCGACCCCACGUAUGGGCAGGACGAAGACAAUCCGAAUACGGUAUUUCGACGUCGAUGUUGCCGCUCAGACCAUGACGAUGGAAGUGUCUACAGACAGUUAUAUUGCUGAAAUACUCGACCAUGUAUGCAAGAGAUGGAAUUUCGAGAAGGCUGGCUUCGUGUUGAAAGUCGCGGGAACGAACACUGUUGCACCCUUGGAUCGAACGGUUGAAGCGCUAGGGACUCGAUCCGAUUUGGAUCUUGUGCGAAGACGCUUCGGAGCCGGUGUGGCGGCUUUGACAGGCUCUCCAGGCAGUUCCUCGCCAAAUGCACCGCUCCUGCUGGACAUUCAAGGGCCAAAGAAGACCAAGAAAGGCCAGCUACAUCACCCGCUGGCAAACAAGCAGGACCUGGUGUCGAGCGCCAGCAAUUUCAAGAAAUACUACGUGAUCCGGAAGCAAAUGGCCCCAUUUGCGCAAGGCAGCCAAAGGACACUGGUUUUCGAUGGAGAUCUGAUGCACGUCAUGCAUACCGACGCCGGGUCGAACUCCAAGUUCACCUCGUUUCCCUUCAGCGACAUACUACGGUGUAAAGUCAGCACCAAACACUCCAAGUUGAUCCGGGUCUUUGUUCGCAGGCCGAACGAGAACAAGAGAUAUGACUUUGAGGCCAGGACAGCAGCUGAGGCCCAGGAAAUAGUGGACGAGAUUCUCCGUGAAAUGAGGCAGACACGGGCAUGA